AGCUGGUAUGAGAUAAGCAGCCCUAGCAGUGCCAUGUAUUGGAAAAGCGAUCAGAUGUUUGCGUGUAAACUAGAAGACAAGGACGUGCCGGAGCUGGCAGUUUCCCCUGAGAAGUGCCUGGGGCUCAUGUCGGAAGAGUGCGGGCGGACUGCUGCCCUGGCGGCCGGGAGGACUCGGAAAGGCGCCGGGGAAGAGGGACUGGUGAGCCCGGAGGGAGCGGGGGACGAGGACUCGUGCUCCUCCUCCGCCCCGCUGUCCCCGUCGUCCUCGCCCCGGUCCAUGGCCUCGGGCUCCGUCUGUCCCCCUGGCAAGUGUGUGUGCAACAGCUGCGGCCUGGAGAUAGUGGACAAGUACCUUCUCAAGGUGAAUGACCUGUGCUGGCAUGUCCGGUGUCUCUCCUGCAGUGUCUGCAGAACCUCCUUGGGAAGGCACACCAGCUGUUACAUUAAAGACAAAGACAUUUUCUGCAAACUCGAUUAUUUCAGAAGGUAUGGAACGCGCUGCUCUCGUUGUGGGAGGCACAUCCAUUCUACUGACUGGGUCCGGAGGGCCAAGGGCAAUGUCUAUCACUUGGCGUGCUUUGCCUGCUUUUCUUGCAAAAGGCAACUUUCCACGGGAGAGGAGUUUGCUUUGGUGGAAGAGAAAGUCCUGUGCAGAGUACAUUAUGAUUGCAUGCUGGAUAAUUUAAAAAGAGAAGUGGAAAAUGGUAAUGGGAUUAGUGUUGAAGGCGCCCUCCUCACAGAGCAAGAUGUUAAUCAUCCAAAACCAGCAAAAAGGGCUCGGACCAGCUUUACAGCAGAUCAGCUCCAGGUUAUGCAAGCACAAUUUGCUCAGGACAACAACCCAGAUGCACAGACCCUCCAGAAACUGGCUGAAAGGACAGGCUUGAGCAGGCGUGUGAUACAGGUGUGGUUUCAGAAUUGUAGAGCGCGCCACAAGAAACACGUCAGUCCUAACCACUCCUCCUCUGCCCCAGUCUCUUCUGUCCCGCCCUCCAGGCUGUCUCCACCCAUGUUAGAAGAAAUGGCUUAUUCUGCCUACGUGCCCCAAGAUGGGACGAUGUUAACUGCGCUGCAUAGUUAUAUGGAUGCUCAUUCACCAACAACUCUUGGACUCCAGCCCUUGUUACCCCAUUCAAUGACACAACUGCCAAUAAGUCAUACCUAA